AUGUUUCCCUUCUUUGGGAACUGCAUUGGUGCAUUGGAUGGAACUCAUAUCCAUGCAACUCCUCCUCGCGACGCUCGGCUACCAUUCCGUAAUCGCAAAGGCUUCAUGAGCCAAAAUGUUCUGGCCGUCUGCACGUUUGAUCUACAAUUCUCGUACGUACUGGCUGGCUGGGAAGGCUCGGCUUCAGACGCGCGGAUUUUGCAAGACGCUUUGUCAGCAAAGGGGUUCUCAAUCCCUGAUCGCAAAAUGUACGUGCAGCGAAACUGCAUUGAGCGCAUAUUUAGCGUGUUCAAAAAGCGGUUCAGAAUUUUGGAAAGCCCGCCAGAGUAUCCAUUCGACACGCAAGUCAAGCUGGUGUACUCCUUGUGUGCUAUGCACAACGUGAUCAUGGAGCUCGAAAACGACCCGCAUUUUCUCGAAAAGGUUGACGAAGCCAAAAAGAAACGUGACCGGAAGAUUCAGCGUCGGAAGGAUCGUCGUCGUGGUCGCCGCAACAACGCCCCCACCCGAGUUGUCGAAGAUCACACCGCCGAAGCUGGAGCAGUGCGAGACUCAAUUGCUGCUGCCAUGUGGCAUCAAUACACCAACACGUUACAAUCGCGACAAUAA